UGCCUCUGGUUACGGCCGUCCGGCGGUUUCACAAUGCGCGCUCUGUUGCUGAGAAGUUGCCGCUGGGCUGGGGCGCUGGGGGAGCGUGUCCCGGCCCCGCUCAGAGGAGCCAGCGGGGCAUCAGCGGGGAAACCAGUGGAGCUGGCCUAUGAUGUAAUGAAUGGCAGAAAUACAGAGACUCCCCUGAUCUUCCUCCAUGGACUAUUUGGCAGUAAAUCAAAUUUUUAUUCAAUAGCCAAGGCAUUGUCUCAACGGACAGGCAGGAUGGUGUUGACAGUGGAUAACCGUAACCAUGGUGAUAGCGGAUGCAGUCCAGUGAUGACCUAUGAAGCAAUGAGCUUUGAUCUUCAGAACUUGCUGGACAAGUUACAGCUCCCAAAGUGUAUUCUGAUUGGGCACAGCUUGGGUGGCAAGAUUGCUAUGACGACAGCAAUGCUAAGACCAGAACUGAUAGAAAAGCUCGUUGUGGUGGAUGUUACUCCCAGUCAAACCAGUUCACAUACACCUUUCCCAAAAUUCAUCGCCGCUAUGAGGGCAGUAACCGUGGAUAAUGACUUGUCAAGGUCCGCUGCACGAAAGCAAGUUGAGCAACAGCUCCAACCGUACAUUGAGGAUAUCCGCAUCAGGCAGUUUCUCUUGACCAACCUGGUGGAACGUGACGGUCGAUACAUUUGGAGGGUUAACCUGGAGGCUGUUGCAAAUCAUAUGGACUAUAUUAUGACCUUUCCAAAAUUCAACACUCCUUACACUGCUCCCACAGUCUUUCUGGGUGGAGGUAACUCUCCCUACAUCAGCUCCAAGGAUUAUCCUGAGAUCAAGCGGCUAUUUCCAAAUUCUGUUAUCCAACAUGUUCCUGGAACUGGUCAUUGGGUCCAUGCUGAGAAACCACAUGACUUUAUAAAUGCCAUCUGUGCAUUUCUGGGAACCAGUUAGCAAUCAGUGGUGGACUAAAUAGAACCCUGCAGAGAAGUUCACCACUCAGACUUUCCGAUUUCUGCUGACUGCUUCUGUGACGUUUGACAAAUUUUGUGGUUCAUUUUAUUAAGUGUACAUUUGAGAUCAGUUAACUGAGCACAGAUUAGUGAUUCAAUGACUAUACUAUACUUUAAAUACAAUUAAAAGUAAUGUGUUUGAACUUAAGUAUAUUUUAGAAAGUUCCUGAAUGUAAGAAGCAGGUAAGGGCUGAGACCAGACAUAAGGGAAUUGACACUACUGUAAACACAUGGGAGAAAUUCAUUCACGUAGUGCCACUUCUAGUUAGAUAUUGAUGAAGAAUGCUGCAAGAGCUGUGCAGGUACCUGUUGCCAGGGAAUUUUUGUAAGUGUGCAGCAGUGCUACCCGAACAAGUUCCCUACUGAGUUUGAGUCUGGGAUGCAUAGGACAAAAGUGUCAUGCAGAAAGAGUAAAGCCUGGUUUGCUGCAAUUUACUGCCUGCCAUCUGCUGAUGUUUCCAUUACCCUGCUUGCUAAAAGAUCAAUUGCAAAAUUCAAUCAUGGACUGUAUUAAAACCCAAUGGCUUUAAUCUGUACAAGCUCAGUCAUUAAUGCACUAACUGUAGGAUUCCCUGGAAAGCAACAAUUUUUUCCUAAUAAAUUUGCAGUAGUUACAAUAA